AGAAAAUAAAAUGCCUCUAAAAUAUUCUUUUUCAUUAUUUAUUCUUUGGCAUUUAAUCAUAUUUAAUUUCUUUUUCGUAUAUCCAAUCAACGGAUCUCAAGAUUUACCUAAAUCUAUUAAAAGAGAUUUAGUUCUAGACAGAAGCAAUGUGCCUAAGAAUAUAAUCGCUACUUCCCCUAUUGGCGGAGGAAGUCAUCUUGGUCCGAUGUCAGAAAUUCUCAAAAUUUUAGUGGAUCGUGGAUAUAACGUAACAUUAAUAGCACCAGGAAAUUUUACUGCAAAGUCCGAUUCUUAUCGUUCAAUUACACAAAUAAUUACUGAUGAAAAGGCAGGCGCUUCUCUUGCAGAUCAAGAAUUAUUGAAAAAGACUUUCUUUGAAGAAUUAAAUUUUAGUGAAAUGAUUAAAAUGUUUAGUAUUAGAAGUACUAAAUCUUACGAAAAAUAUCAUAACAUAUAUAAACGAACUGCGGAAGAAAUCAAUGCUGAUUUAUUCUUUUGCGAUUUGGGACUGAAUCAAGUAUGUUUCGAUGUGGCCAUUAAAUUAGGAAAGCCUGCUGUGGGGUUUGCUUCUUCUUCAUUCAUGGGCAAUUCAAAUCCUCUUUUUGGAUGUCAUGUUAAUAUGGAGAAUGAAUCAUUUUAUGAAAGAUUUAGAUGCGCAAUUGUAAAACCUUCACAAUUUAUUUGGACUUUUAUGACACUUAAAGAUGAUCUAAAUAAACAAAGAGUAAAACUAGGUAUUGAGCCACAUUGGAACCUAAGAGGACGAAUGGAUAAUAUUUUAUUGUUAUUUGAUAGUUUCUUUGGAUUUGAGAUACCAACUUCUACAUUACCACUCCAUCAAGAAAUUGGUCCUAUUUUACCAGAUACUUAUCCAAAUUUAACUCCAGCUCUUGACUCAUUUCUCAAUUCUCAUCCUAGAACUUUAUACUUUGCUCUUGGAACUAAUGUAUUUACGUCUCCUCAAAACAUUGCCAUCCUUCUAAAAUCAUUUCUUGAAUUGAUUAAUCAAAAUAUUAUUGAUGGUGUAAUUUGGGCUACUGUUAAAACAAACACUACUGAAUUAAUGUCAUUAAAUAAUAUUGACUUUCCUAUUUCCGAUAUUUUAAAUAAUAACUAUCCUCAUAUUCAUAUCACUAAAUUUGCACCUCAAUUCGCAAUAUUAUCUCAUGAAAAUACAAAAAUAUUUUUAAGUCAUGGUGGUGCAUCUAGUAGUCAUGAAUCUAUUUAUACUUCAACUCCAAUGCUAAUCCUUCCAAUCAUGAUUGAUCAAUUCGGAAAUGCUGAAAAAUUAGAGUCAGCUGGUAUGGCGUUAAGACUUUCAAAACUUAAUUUAAAUGUUGAUGAUAUAGUUUUAAAGGUUAAAAGAUUGUUAAAUGAAGAAAGUUUUAAAAUUAAUGCGGAAAGAUUACAAUUUGUAGCUAAAGUAAAUAGUAAAAGAAAAUAUAGAGCUGCAGAUUUAAUUGAAAUAGUAAUGAAUACAAUAAAGUAUGAAGGUAUUAAAGAUGAGAAUGGAAAUUUAAGGAUUGAUAAUAAUGCACUUUUAAAAGAUUGGAUUACUCCUGAUACAAGAAUGGGAUUCAUUAGAGGAAAUUAUAUUGAUGUUUAUGGUACUUUUAUUAUUAUAGUUUUAGCUUUAAUUUGUGGA